AUGCUGAAGGCCCUUCAGGAUGCACACGAGGGUGACAGAAAGAUGAGUAAGGCAGAGGUAACAGAUGAAAUUUUAUCACUCCUUAUUGCCGGCCAUGAGACCACAGGCUACACCACAUCAUGGGCUCUCUAUGAGGUUGCUCGCCAUCCAGAGGUCCAAGAGAAGAUUCUGGCGGAAACAUCUGCCGUGGACCUGGACACCCUUCCCCUGACAAACGUUCAGAGCUUGCUGCCCUACACGUGGAUGGUUUGGCAGGAAGCAUUGCGUUUGCACCCAACUGUCACAAUCCACUAUCGGCAGGCAGAGGUUGAUACAACCUUGGGAGGAAAGUACAAGCUGCCUGCUGGCAGUAUCGUCACGAUUUCUCAACUCAUGCUGGCCCAUAGUGAGGAGAUUUGGGGACCAGAUGCCAUGAGCUUUUCUCCUGAAAGGAUGGAAAAGGGCUAUCCGGAGAUGCACAUGCCUUUUGGUUUCGGCGGCAGGACUUGCAUUGGGAAAAGGCUUGCCUAUGUGGAGGGUGUCUAUUUGCUGGCCUUCCUGGUGAAGAACUUCAAACUGAGGGUUGGAGGAGAAGACCCAGUUCCUACGCCCAGGGUUACGAUCACCAUGCAUUCUUGUGAAGGAAUCCAUUUGCUGAUGUCCAAACGAUAG